UUGGGAGGGAGAAGCGCAGCGAGACCCGGAAAACGAAGACCCCCACCACGGAGAAGCCCCGGCCCCACGUCCCAACGGAUUUACAGCAAGUUCAGAUGGGUGGAAGGAUGGUCCAAAUCAACUUUGUGCAGCUUUCCAAACAAGAUCAGAGAAUGAAGAAAAUUGCUUUGUUAGUUGCUGUUUAUGGACUCAUAAAGACCACUUUGUGAGGCAGAGUUAGAUGGUGAGAGAGAGAGACAGAGAGAAAAGUCUUCCUUCCAUUGGUUCACCCCCCGAAAUGGCCGCUACGGCUGGAGCUACGCUGAUCCGAAGCCAGGAGCUAGGUACUUCCUCCUGGUCUCCCAUGCGGGUGUAGGGCCCAAGCACUUGGGCCAUCCUCCACUACCUUCCUGGGCUACAGCAGAGAGUUGGACUGGAAGAGGAGCAACCGGGACUAGAACCUGGAGUACCAGCGCCGCAGGUGGAGGAUUAGCCUAGCGAGCUGCAGCACCGGCCACAGAGCCUUCAACUGUCAUGAGCCACCGUUUGGCAUGACCACAUACAUAUACAGAAAUAGAUGGCCCAGAGUUCUGGUCUACUGCUUUUUAAGUCCUCCUAGCCCAGUACAAAUCCAAGUGGAGGAAAAAGAUGAUACUGAAGAAAGUUCAAGUGGAGAGGAAGAGGAGGAGGAAGAAAAACUACCUAGAAGAGAGAGCUUGAGACCAAAAAGGAAACGAAAAAGAGAUGUUAUCAAUGAGGAUGAUCCAGAACCUGAGCCAGAAGAUGAAGAAACAAGGAAGGCAAGAGAGAAAGAGAGGAGGAGGAGGUUGCGGAGAGGAGCGGAGGAAGAAGAAGAAAUUGAUGAAGAGGAGUUGGAAAGAUUGAAGGCAGAAUUAGAUGAGAAGAGACAAAUGAUUGCUACUGUCAAAUGCAAACCUUGGAAGAUGGAAAAGAAAAUUGAAGUUCUCAAGGAAGCAAAAAAAUUUGUGAGUGAAAAUGAAGGUGCUCUUGGGAAAGGAAAAGGAAAGCGGUGGUUUGCUUUUAAGAUGAUGAUGGCCAAGAAAUGGGCAAAAUUUCUUCGUGAUUUUGAGAACUUCAAAGCUGCUUGUGUCCCAUGGGAAAAUAAAAUCAAGGCAAUUGAAAGCCAGUUCGGCUCCUCAGUGGCCUCCUACUUCCUCUUCCUGAGAUGGAUGUAUGGAGUAAACAUGGUUCUCUUUAUCCUGACAUUCACCCUCAUCAUAUUGCCAGAGUACCUCUGGGGUUUGCCAUAUGGCAGUUUACCUAGGAAAACGGUUCCCAGAGCUGAAGAGGCAUCGGCAGCAAACUUUGGUGUGCUGUAUGAUUUCAACGGCUUGGCACAAUAUUCCGUCCUCUUUUAUGGCUAUUAUGACAAUAAACGAACAAUUGGAUGGCUGAAUUUCAGAUUGCCGCUCUCCUAUUUUCUGGUGGGGAUUAUGUGCAUUGGAUACAGCUUUCUGGUUGUCCUCAAAGCGAUGACCAAAAAUAUUGGUGACGAUGGAGGUGGUGAUGACAACACCUUCAACUUUAGCUGGAAGGUGUUCUGUAGCUGGGACUACCUGAUUGGCAACCCUGAGACAGCAGACAACAAAUUUAAUUCUAUCACAAUGAACUUUAAGGAAGCUAUAAUAGAAGAAAGAGCUGCUCAAGUAGAAGAAAACGUCCACUUGAUCAGAUUCCUGAGAUUUCUUGCUAACUUCUUCGUGUUCCUAACACUUGGUGCGAGUGGAUACCUCAUCUUUUGGGCUGUGAAGCGAUCCCAAGAAUUUGCACAGCAGGAUCCUGACACCCUUGGGUGGUGGGAAAAAAAUGAAAUGAACAUGGUUAUGUCCCUCCUGGGGAUGUUCUGCCCAACACUGUUUGACUUAUUUGCUGAACUGGAAGACUACCAUCCUCUCAUUGCCCUGAAGUGGCUAUUAGGACGCAUUUUUGCUCUUCUUUUGGGCAACCUGUAUGUAUUUAUUCUUGCCUUGAUGGAUGAGAUUAAUAACAAGAUUGAAGAGGAAAAGCUAGUAAAGGCCAAUAUUACCUUAUGGGAAGCCAACAUGAUCAAGGCCUACAAUGCAUCACUCUCUGGGAAUAGCACUGGGCCACCGUUUUUUGUUCACCCUGCAGAUGUACCUCGAGGACCCUGCUGGGAAACGAUGGUGGGCCAGGAAUUUGUGAGACUGACAGUUUCUGAUGUCCUGACCACAUACGUCACCAUCCUCAUCGGGGACUUUCUCAGGGCAUGUUUUGUGAGAUUUUGCAAUUACUGCUGGUGCUGGGAUUUGGAAUAUGGAUAUCCUUCAUACACCGAAUUUGACAUCAGUGGCAAUGUCCUCGCUCUGAUCUUCAACCAAGGCAUGAUCUGGAUGGGUUCCUUCUUUGCUCCCAGUCUCCCAGGCAUCAAUAUCCUUCGACUCCACACAUCCAUGUACUUCCAGUGCUGGGCUGUGAUGUGUUGCAAUGUUCCUGAGGCCAGAGUCUUCAAAGCUUCCAGAUCAAAUAAUUUCUACCUGGGCAUGCUGUUGCUCAUCCUCUUCCUGUCCACCAUGCCUGUGUUGUACAUGAUCGUGUCCCUCCCGCCAUCUUUUGAUUGUGGCCCUUUCAGUGGCAAAAAUCGGAUGUUCGAGGUCAUUGGUGAGACUCUGGAGCAUGAUUUUCCAAGCUGGAUGGCGAAGAUCUUGAGGCAACUUUCGAACCCUGGACUGGUCAUUGCUGUUGUUCUGGUGAUGGCUUUGACCAUCUAUUAUCUCAAUGCUACUGCCAAGGGCCAGAAGGCAGCAAAUCUGGAUUUAAAAAAGAAGAUGAAAAUGCAAGCUUUGGAGAACAAAAUGCGAAACAAGAAAAUGGCAGCUGCACGAGCAGCUGCAGCUGCUGGUGGCCAGUGACUUUCACAGCUAUCCUAGAGGCUCAGAAGUUUCUUUCAGUUUAAAAAACAAUGCACUAUGAAGACUCAGCAUUAUGGUUGCUCUUCCCUUGUUCUACCACUGAUGGAUUAUCAAGGUCAUGCUUGUCCAUAAAAGCAUCAUCAGUCCUACCUGGGCAAGAAGGGUCUCCAUCUAUUCCAAAUUAAGGAUUUGUGCCUGUGCCCCCACUUUCUGCCCUGCCCUAUUCUAUUGACCUUUUUCUUAACACACUGAAUUUCAAGUGGGUGUGAUCCAGCAAAGUAGGUUAUGAUUAGGUUUGUGGGUUAACUUUAGAAGCCAUUUGCUUAUAUACAUUUCCAUUUGUUCUGCCUUAGUUUUGUUGAACUAGGAGCAGGAAGACAUUUCACCUUCUUAUUUUUCCCUCUAAACACAGAAAUAGCUGCAUAAAAUCAUUGUAGUUAAUUAGUUAUUAACUUAUUUUUAAAAUCCAACACCUUGUUUUUUUCCUCCUUAUUCCCACAAAUACACAUCCAAGACCUUAUUUGCAACUGGAUUUGAUAUGAGAAGCAAUAGGAUUGCUCGAGGAAAACUCCUAAGUGAGUGAGGGGCCUGAUCUACUGGGUUGAAGCUCCCUAGCCUUGAAGAGGUUUUUGACUCUUCGACAACCCAGCUCUUCAUGAGUUAAAACAAAAUAAGAAAGAAAAGAGAAGAUACCAUAAGUGAUUGCUGUUCCAUCCAGUCUGUUCAUUUGAACUUCAGUGAUCAUAUUCCCUGAGCCUAGAGCCUGAUAUGCUAUAAUUUUUCCUGCCUUUUUUUAAACUUUUAUUUAAUGAAUAUAAAUUUCCAAUGUACAGCUUAUGGAUUACAAUGGCUUCCCCCUCCCAUAACUUCCCUCCCAUCCACAACCCUCCCCUCUCCCUCUCCCUCUCCCCUUCCACUCACAUCAAGAUUCAUUUUCAAUUCUCUUUAUAUACAGAAGAUCAAUUUAGUAUAUAUUAAGUAAAGAUUUCAACAGUUUUUUUUUUUAUUUAUUUUUGACAGGCAGAGUGGACAGUGAGAGAGAGACAGAGAGAAAGGUCUUCCUUUUGCCGUUGGUUCACCCUCCAAUGGCCGCCGCGGUAGGCGCGCUGCGG